AUCCCGCCCCCCCAUCCCAUCCCGGCCGGGCUGUCGGUUCCGGGCCCGGGGCCGGUGCGAUGGGGCCGCCCCGCUCCUGCCUCCUGCUGGCGGCCGCGCUGUUGCCGCUGCUGCCGCCCGGGGCCGAGCCCGGGGCCGCCGCCGCCCCCCCCGCGCUCACCGACGCCGAGAUCGAAGAGUUUCUGCGCGGGUUCCUCGGGCCCCGGGAGGGGGGGGACGGCGACGGGGACAGCGACGGGGAUGGCACCGACUUGGGCUUCAUCACGGAGCUGGGAACCGGCACCGGCACCGGCUCCCCGGAGCGGCUGCUGGAGCCCGAAAAACCCAAGAAAGGGAAGAAGGAAAAAGGUCCCAAACCCACCAAAAAGCCAAAAGAGAGACCCCGAGGCGCUAAAAAGGACAAGGACAGGGACAGGGACAGGGACAGGGACAGGGACAGGGACAGGGGCAGGGGCAAGGACAAGCCCCCCAAGAAACCCAAGGAAAAGCCGCCGAAAGGCUCCGAAAAAAGCCCGAAAGGCUCCGAAAAAGCUCCAAAAGGCGCCGAAAAACCUUCGAAAGGCUCCAAAAAGCCCAAGGAGAAGCCCCCCAAGGCCACCAAAAAGCCGUCUGGUAAGAAGCCACCGGAGCCACCGACCGUCCCCCCGGAGCCCCCCGUCCCCCCACAGCCCCCGCGGGGUGAGGACGACGUGGGGACACCCCAGUUCCCGGAGCUGCCUCCACCAUACGAGGAGGAGGAGGAUGGAGGUGGCCGAGUGUCACUGUCCCCAGGGGAGCCAGAGGAGCCACCAAAGGAGCCCUGGGAGCCAGGACGGGAGGAUUGGAGCCCCGAGCCAGAGCCUGACGUCCCCGAGGAGCCGGAGCCACCGACCCUGGACUACAACGAGCAGCUGGAGCGGGAGGACUACGACGACUUCGAGUACAUCCGGCGGCAGCAGAAGCCCCGCAAACCCCCCAGCAGGAAAAAGCCCGAGAGAGUCUGGCCCCAGCCCCAGGAGACACCGAAGCCAGAGGUGCCACCCCCACAGCCACCCCCCCUGCCCAUCCCGGUGACCGAAGGGGACUACGAGGACACCUUCGAGCCACCCGACUACGAUGACCUGGUGUAUGGGCUGCCACCCCCCCCAAAGCCCAGGAAACACCCAGAGAAGGAGGAGAUGGAGACAGACGAGGAGAAACUCAAACCUGGGAAGCCCAAGAAGGGCGGUGGCAGCAAGGAGGAGGAGGAGGAGGAUCCUUGGGCAGAGGAGAAGGGACGGGACCGCAAAGGAAAACCCAAAAAACCGGGCGGGAAGAAGUGGGACCCGGACGAGGACGAAUGGGCCCCCCCGGAGGAGAAGACAAGAUGUCCCCCCAUCGGCCUGGAGUCCCACCGCAUCGAGGACGACCAGCUCCUGGCCUCCUCCAUGCUGCGCCACGGGCUGCACGCCCAGCGCGGCCGCCUCAACAUGCAGGCGGGAGCCAACGAGGACGAUUUCUUCGACGGGGCUUGGUGCGCCGAGGACGACAGCAGCCGGGCGCACUGGCUGGAGGUCGACACCCGCCGGGCCACCAAGUUCACGGGCGUCAUCACUCAAGGACGCGACUCCCAGAUCCAUGAGGACUUUGUCACCAGCUUCUACGUGGGCUUCAGCAACGACAGCCAGAACUGGGUGAUGUACAGCAACGGCUACGAGGAGAUGACGUUUUACGGCAAUGUGGACAAGGACACGCCGGUGCUGAGCGAGUUCCCCGAGCCCGUGGUCGCCCGGUACAUCCGUGUCUACCCCCGGACAUGGAACGGGAGCCUCUGCCUGCGCCUCGAGGUGCUGGGCUGUCCCCUCUCGGCCAUCAGCAGCUACUACACCCAGCAGAACGAGGUGACGUCCAGCGACAACCUGGACUUUCGGCACCACUCCUACAAGGACAUGAGGCAGCUGAUGAAGGUGGUGAACGAGGAGUGUCCCACCAUCACCCGCAUCUACAACAUCGGCAAGAGCUCGCGGGGGCUGAAGCUCUACGCCAUGGAGAUCUCCGACAACCCUGGCGAGCACGAGACGGGAGAGCCUGAGUUCCGGUACACGGCCGGGCUGCACGGCAACGAGGCGCUGGGCCGGGAGCUGCUGCUGCUGCUCAUGCAGUUCCUGUGCCGGGAGUACCGGGACGGCAACCCCCGCGUGCGCAACCUGGUCACCGACACCCGCAUCCACCUCGUCCCGGCCCUCAACCCCGACGGAUACGAGCUGGCGAGAGAAGCGGGCUCUGAGCUGGGCAACUGGGCGCUGGGCCACUGGACGGAGGAGGGCUACGACCUCUUCGAGAACUUCCCUGACCUGGCCUCAGCGCUGUGGGCGGCCGAGGAGCGGCGCCUGGUGCCCCACAAGUUCCCCAACCACCACAUCCCCAUCCCCGAGCACUACCUGGCCGAGGACGCUGCGGUGGCGGUGGAGACGCGGGCCAUCCUGGCGUGGAUGGAGAAGAACCCGUUCGUGCUGGGAGCCAACCUGCAGGGCGGGGAGAAGCUGGUGUCCUUCCCCUUCGACACGGCACGGCCGCCCAGCGCCACGGCCGCCCCGCGCGUGGCACCGCACGACGACUACGAGGACGACAACCCCGAGGUGCAGGAGACGCCCGACCACGCCAUCUUCCGCUGGCUCGCCAUCUCCUACGCCUCGGCCCACCUCACCAUGACCGAGACCUUCCGCGGGGGCUGCCACACGCAGGACGUCACCAACGCCAUGGGCAUCGUGCAGGGGGCCAAGUGGCACCCGCGGGCUGGCAGUCUGAAUGACUUCAGCUACCUGCACACCAACUGCCUGGAGCUCUCCGUGUUCCUGGGCUGCGACAAGUUCCCCCACGAGAGCGAACUGCAGCAGGAGUGGGAGAACAACAAGGAGUCGCUGCUCACCUUCAUGGAGCAGGUCCAUCGUGGAAUCAAGGGCUUGGUGACGGACCAGCAGGGAGAACCCAUCGCCAACGCCACCAUCGUGGUGGGGGGCAUCAACCACAACGUGCAGACAGCCAGCGGUGGGGACUACUGGCGCAUCCUGAACCCCGGCGAGUACCGGGUGACGGCGCGGGCCGAGGGCUACAACCCCAGCGUCAAGACCUGCAGCGUGUUCUACGACAUCGGGGCCACCCAGUGCAACUUCGUCCUCUCCCGCUCCAACUGGAAGCGCAUCCGGGAGAUCAUGGCCAUGAACGGCAACCGGCCCAUCCGCCGCAUCGUCCCCGGCCGCCCCAUGACGCCGCGCGAGCGGAUGCGGCUGCGGAUGCGGCUGCGGCAGCGCAUGCGGCUGCGGCAGCAGAUGCGGCUGCGGCGGCUCAACGGCACCACGGCUGCCAGCGGCCCCACGGCCCCGCCGCCCACCACGGCCCUGCCCUUGGCCUUCAGCAGCACCACCUACGCGCCGUGGAGCCAAGAGCCGCCCACCGCUGGCACCUGGGAGAUGGAAACCGAAACGGAGGUGGUGACCGAGCUGGUGACGGAGACAGAGGCCUGGGAGCUGGGGACGGGGACGGCACAGCCGCUCACCACAGCCGAGACCUACACCGUGAACUUUGGGGACUAGGGGACGCUCGCCCCCUCGCUCCUGCCGCCAGCCGCAGCCGCACGCUCGCGGAUGGUUUUGUUUCGCCCGCUGCAGGCUCCGGCAUCUGCUUCCAAAGGCUCGCGGAGCCCCGCUCUGAGCUGGGGGGGGUCCAGCCCCCCACCCACGCUGCACCCAGCACUGCAGGGCCCCCCACGCCGACACCCCACGGGCUGGCGGCUGCCGAGGGUCCCCCUGAGAGGACGCGCUGCCCCGUCCCACGGGAGGGGGAGCCUGGCAAGGGACAGGGGGACGCAGGACCCAGCCCUGUCCCCGUCCCCACGGGGGUGGCCCCGCUCUCCAGGGCAGGGCCCGUAUGGAGGGAGGCGCAGCCCCUCUCCCCUCCACACAGUUUUUUUAUUACACAAAUAAAUCAAGUUAUAUUGGUA